AUUACAUCAUACAUUUAACAGAUUCUCAUUAUGAUUCUAAGUGUUUAACGUUCCUCGCUUGCAUUCGGUUUCUUUGAGAAAGAGAGAGGGAGAGUCUAUUAUUAAUAUUUUCUUUACAGUACCAUUUCACUACUUCGAGAGAGAUUAAAAAAUAAAAUGGCAGUUUCAGUAGCCGUCUUGCGUACGGUCUUUGGCAUUCUAGGGAAUAUCAUCUCCUUUUUCGUGUGUCUUGCCCCUAUACCGACGUUCGUUCGGAUUUACAAGAGGAAGUCUUCAGAAGGCUAUCAGUCUAUCCCUUACGUGAUCGCAUUGUUCAGUGCGAUGCUAUGGAUAUACUACGCAAUGAUCAAGAAGAAUGUAAUGGUUAUGAUCACUAUCAACACCGUUUCCUUGGUCAUACAAAUCUUCUACAUCUCCUUCUACCUCUUCUAUGCUCCUAAAAAGGAAAAGACUCUAACGGUGAAAUUCGUCCUCUUUGUGGAUGUUUUUGCCUUCGGCCUUAUCUUCUUCCUGACAUACUUUCUGCUUCAUGGAGAAAAACGGGUUCAAGUCCUCGGAUAUGUUUGUAUGGUCUUCUCUCUAUGUGUUUUUGUCGCCCCCCUUGGCAUCAUUAGAAAAGUGAUUAAAACCAGGAGUGCAGAGUUCAUGCCAUUCAGUCUAUCCUUCUUCCUCACCUUAUCGGCUGUCAUGUGGUUCUUUUACGGUCUUCUCAGUAAAGACAUGAACAUAGCUCUUCCAAAUGUUUUGGGUUUCAUCUUCGGAGUGCUUCAGAUGAUACUUUACUUAAUAUACAAGAAACCUGGAACUAAGGUUUUGGAACCACCUGUGAUUAACCUCCAGGAAAUAUCUGACCAUGUUGUUGACGUCGUGAGGCUUAGUUCGAUGGUUUGUUCCUCACAAAUGAGAACUUUGGUGCCACAGGACAGUGCCGACAUGGAAGACACCAUAACCAUUGAUGAGAAGAUCAAAGGAGACAUUGAGAAAAUGAAGGAGAGCAAAGAAAUGUUUCUUAUAUCCAAGAAUUGAUCAGCUCUUAACUAUCAACUGUCGAAUUGUGUGUUUUAGUUGCUUGCGUGUUAAAUUAAUCUGAAUCUCUCGCUCCUGUGUGACCUCUCUCUCUCUUUCUCUCAUCUUGAAUGUAAAAUAAGUUUGUAUCAACUAUUAAGUUAAAUAAAUGAAUAUGUUUUAUGUA